UGAAUUGGAUUAUUGAUGACUGGAAACUGGCUGAUGACAUUUAACCUGAUGAGUACUUAAUAUUAAGGGGAACUUGUACUAUUUUCAGUAAUUGAGAAAUGGUCAAUGUUUGACACACCCUUAUUUUUAACGAGACCUAUAAAAUGUACACGCUGUUAUACACAACCAUUAACCGUUUUAAUUUGAACUUUCCACGGGUUUGUUUCUGUACCUUUGUUUCAUGUAUGAUUGAGAAAAAUCAGAAGGUCAAAUGGGUUAAUAUGAUCAUGAUCGAUGCCAAGCUUUGGCUGAUCCAUUUGAAGUAGGAGGAAAGUAACGGCAAGUUUUAACAAGCACAUAACCUCCGAUUUGCUUGGGGUUUUUGAGUGCAGUUUCUCUUUGCUGUAGAUCUGGAGAUAUUUUUAAAGGCAGUUAUGAAUUAUGCACCUCGUCAAUAUUUUUACUGGAUCUGGCUCUGCGUUGAAGGGCCUACGCCUGUUUGUGGACUUACCCAGUGGGGUUAUGGGUAUUGGAGGUGGUUGGGGGGGAGGGAGAAUUUCAGUAAUCCUAACUGAAAACAGGCUGUAUGGUGCGAGGUGUACUUUCCCCCUCCUCACCCUGUGGAAAUGGACACUGCUGAUGUAUUUAUAGACUAGGCAAACAGUAAAGAGCUGUUUCUUAAGACAGAGGAGGUCACAUGUAUUUGUCAUAACUGAUAUCAGAGUCUAAGAGCUUCUGGUGCGUCAUCUUGUGUCCAGUUCUUUUAAGCAGUUAAGACGUCUAAAGAAGCUAUACCGGUAGGAGGAAAUUUAUGACAAGAGUGUUUUGAGUCCAGUCCCAACCAGAGACUGUUAUCAGGCGAAACUGCUGCAAUGGAGAAGCCAGUCUUACAGACGCAGCAUUCUGUGCUGCCAUUCUUCGAUACAGCCCAUGCUGUCAACCUGCUGCGGGGCAUUCAUGAGCUGCGUGCUGAGCGUAAGUUUUUCGAUGUGACCCUGUGCGCUGAGGGAAAGGAGUUCCACUGCCACCGAACAGUUCUGGCCGCUGCCAGUAUGUACUUCCGCGCUAUGUUUGCUGGUACUCUCCGUGAAAGCGCUAUGGACAGAGUGGCACUACAUGAGGUCUCGGCUGAGCUGCUCGGCCUUCUUGUAGACUUCUGUUAUACAGGUCGUGUGACCGUCACGUGUGACAAUGUGGACGUGCUGCUUAAAGCGGCUGACCUGUUUCAGUUCCCGUCCGUCAAGGCGGCAUGCUGCGCUUUCCUGGAGCAGCGCCUUGAUGUCUCCAAUUGCCUGGAGAUCCAGGACUUUGCCGAGGCGUAUGCCUGCAGUGAGUUGGCCACCAGUGCCCGGCGCUUUGCGCUCAACAACAUUAUGGAACUGGCCAAGGGCCAGGAGUUUGAGCGUCUGCCCUGGAAGCGCCUGCUGGAACUAAUGUCAGACGAUGGGUUACGUGUGGACAAGGAGGAAACGGCUUACCAGAUAGCGGCACGCUGGGUUAAGGCUGAUCCAAGGAGAGGGCUCCAGUACUGGCCUGAGCUCCUGCAGCAGGUACGCUUGCCCUUCGUUCGACGCUUCUUCCUGCUUGCCCGCGUUGAGAGCGACCCACUCGUCUAUCUGACACCAGAGUGUCUGCGCUUGGUGGGCGAGGCUCGCAGCUUCCAGUCCGGAGAGUACGACCGGCAUGACCGUCCGUGCCAGCGAAUGCGCCCUCGUCCUUCUACAGGUCUCGCUGAGAUCCUAGUCGUGGUGGGAGGUUGUGACCAAGACUGUGAUGAACUCGUGACCGUCGACUGCUUCAACCCACAGACAGGCCAGUGGAGAUACCUGGCUGAGUUUCCUGACCAUCUUGGAGGAGGCUACAGUAUAGCCGCACUAGGCAAUGAUAUGUAUGUCACAGGCGGCUCGGAUGGUUCGCGCCUCUACGACGGCGUGUGGCGCUACAACUCGAGCGUGAACGAGUGGACCGAGGUGUCGCCCAUGCUUAAAGCACGCGAGUACCACAGCUCCUGUGUGCUGAAGGGCCAGCUCUACGUGGUGGCCUCGGACAGUACGGAGCGCUACGACCACGCACUGGAUUGUUGGGAGCCUUUGGCAUCCAUGCUGCACCCCAUGGACAACUGCUCGACAACAACAUGCGGUGGCCGUCUCUACGCCAUCGGCUCUCUAACGGGUGAAGAUACCAUGGCCAUCCAGUGCUAUGAUGCCGACACUAACCGCUGGAACCUGGUCAACUGCGGCCAGAUGCCGCCCUGGUCCUUCGCGCCCAAAUCAGUGACUCUCAACGGACUCAUCUACUUUGUGAGGGAUGACUCUGCAGAAAUUGACACCUAUGAUCCACAGAAGAACGAAUGGGACAAGAUUAGCCCAAUGAACCAAGUACACGUGGGUGGCAGCGUGGCGGUUCUGGGAGGCCGCCUCUAUGUGUCUGGUGGCUAUGACAACACGUUUGAGCUGUCUGACGUGGUGGAGGUGUACGACCCCGGCGCUCGCUCGUGGAACCUGGCCGGCCGCCUCCCCCAGCCCACUUUCUGGCAUGGCAGUGUCAGUAUCUUCCGCCAGUUCAUGCCCCACGUUCCCAGUACGUUUGAGCCAGUCGACAUACCCGAGGCAGACGACAUCCACCUGCACCGCCACCACCGCCACCACCAGGCUCUUCAAGAGCUCAACAACGAGCUCAACCAGAACCACCGCAAUCGGGAGGUGAACCCGGCACACUGAUGACACUGUCAAACUCGAUAUUAAUUACGCACUUUACCACGUAUUCACCUCAACCGGAGAGCAAGGAACGUGAGCGGACAGUUCCUUAUUCUCUCCUUGUUUGCUUCUCUAAAUUCUCGUUACCGUUUCGCUUGGGGCAGUCGUGUCUGGGAUUUGUGCUUACACCAGCAUGAUUCUCACCACAAUACUACUAUCUUCAAUAUUAGAAUGAAAUGAAAUGGAACCGCAUGUUGUACACUAGCCAAAAAAAUAAUACUUCAAAAUAGCUGGAAGUAAUUCGGUAAAAGCACUGUGAUGCUUUAAUGACAAUACAUAUGUGUUUGUUUGUUUUUUUUUAAAUGCACAUCUUCAUAACAAGUACUUGAUCUGAAACUUUAGCACAGUCUUUUAUUUAAAGUAAUGUAUUUUCAAUUCUGUAUCAUUGUACAUCAUUAUGCCUUGUUUGAAACGUGCUAGAAUUAAGGAACGCUAUCAUUAGAUCACAGAUAUUCAGUGUUAAUAUUUAUUUAGUGACAAGUCAGCCAGUAUGCAGAAGCCGCGUGGGUAAAAGUAAUUGCAGCCUAUUGUUCUUCAGCUUGUACGAUUAGCAUUUGGAGCAAAACCCUAAAGGAAUUGUUUUCUGAGACGCAAAUCACCCUACAGAAUGCAUCAAACUGCAUUUCAGUGAACAGGCUGCUUUAAAAGCUAUUAUAAAAACCUAGCCUGUGCUAUAAAUGUGGGAAAUAAUACAUAGUCAUGUGAAAUAGUAAGUACACCCCAUGGAAAUUUGUUUUAUGUAGUUUUUGUUACAUAUUUGGACAAGCAAACCUUUGAUCCUCUUUGAAACAGUGUCUAUUGAUAAAGGUGAUGCACUUUACAAAUAACUCACAAAACUGACAUUUUGUAUCACACCUUCAAAUCCAUACAGUUAGAAUCAGGUGUUUAAGAUUGCGUGCCAGUGAUCAGAACCUGCUUAGGGAGUGUCCUAUUUAUAUCCCUCUCAUAUCUAGUGUCUGGUCUUCCCUUUGAUAUUGAGGUGUGAGGUGUCAUCAUACCAAGAUCUAAAGAGUUCUGUAAGGCCUUCAGAAAAAAAGUUGUGAAUGUCUAUGAGUCUGACAAGGGAUUUAAAAAGAUCUCCAAAUUAUUUGAAAUACAUCAUUCUGCUGUAAGGAAAAUCAUCUACAAAUAGCACAGAUUUCAAACGAAUGCCAAUUUGUUGAGGACUGGCCGUCCCGGCAAAUUCAGCCCAAGGGAAGACCGUCUGAUGCAAAAAGAAGCCUCCAAGAACCCUAAAAUUUCAUCACAGGAUAUGCUAGUAAGUCUUGAAACUGUUGGUGCAUGCUUCUACAAUCAGAAAGAGAUUGCACAUAUUUGACCUGCAUGGGAGGCGUGCCAGGAAAAGAGCCUUUGCAAGAGUACAGUUUACCAAUUAGCAUAUAGGCAAAGACCAGCCCUUUUGGAAUAAAGUGCUCUGGACAGACGAGUCAAAGAUAGAGUUGUUUGGGCACAGUUACAGCAGACAUGUUUGGCAGAGACCAAAGACAGCUUUUCAGGAGAAGCACCUCAUACCAUCUGUGAAGCACGAUGGUGGAAGUGUUAUGGUUUGGGGUUGUUUCACUGCGUAAGGGACUUGACAGCUUGCAUUCAUUGAUUCAACUCUGAAUUCUGCAUCAUAUCAAAGAUCUGUCUGAAAGUUGAAGUUGAACUGAAAGUGGACCUUUCAACAGGACCAUGAUCCACCAAAUCCACCAAGGAAUGGCUCAAAAAGAAGAAAUGGAGCGUUAUGAAAUGGCCUAGUCAAAGCCCGGAUUUGAAUCCCAUUGAAAUGUUGUGGGGGGGAUAUGAAAUGGGCAGUACAUGCAAGAAAACCCUCAUGGUUUUGGCAACUGAAAGAAUAUUGCAUGGAAGAGUGCUCAAAAAUUCCAGCAAACCUGGCAGACAAUUAUGCAAAACGCCUACAAGAAGUUAUUUCUGCUAAAAGGGACAAUACUAGCUUCUGAGGCCAUGGGUGUACUUACUUUUUCCACAGAAGAAUCCCACAUCUACUGAUAUUUCUGUUGAAAGUUCAUUUUCUUUGUGGUUUUGUUCAAGUACAUCAGCUUCAUUAAUAGGCGCUGUUUCAAAGAUGAUCAAAUGUUUGCUUGUCCAAAUAUGUCAAAAACUAUUUUCAUGGUGUGUAUUUAUUUAUUCACAACUAUAUGCACAUCAUAUUACACUAUUUAAAGACGUACAGUAGAAAUUCCAAAAAUGCCCUGGAUGAACUUGUUGAUUCUGGAACUGAAAGUGACGCACAGAAGCUCAUGUCAGUCACCAGAGCUCUGCUUAUAGCUCAAUGUGUGGCCUUUCUUAGGUGGAGGAUGCUAUGUUUACAGCAGCCUCUGGGAGGCGUUUUUGUUUGUUUGUUUGUUUGUUCAUUUUUAUCAUAAGAGAUUCAGUUGACUUUUAGAUUUGAUUUGAUCUAGUCUGAAAUAUUUUCAGACUAACAUAGUCCAUUAAACGUCCUUUCUUUACCGUCCUGACUAGUGGAUAACUCCCCCACCAGCAACUAGUGAAUGCAUUGGUUCACUAAACUAUGCAACCCCCGAGUGCUUAUUGGUUGGUACGAGGUGUUUGUGGUGAAGUUUGGUUUUUGCGAACCACCUCCACUUUACAUCUCGUCUAAUAAUUCCAGAAAUGCUAAGGUUUGUUCAAAUGUAGCAGUCGUUGUAGUCAAAGGAUGUUCUUUUAUUCUUUUCUUGGCAACCCUUCCAUAGAAGCAAGAUAUAAUCAGCAUUGUUCAGCAAUGAGAGUUAUGAACUUCAACAUCUGACUAAGGCCUGAAGGUGCCUAGAUGUUGCUCUUGAUUUCUUUGAUUAUCAAACAGUCUGGCCUUGGUGUGAAUUUGCUAAGUCCUAGUCCUGAGAAGAAAGUCUUGAAUGUUUUUAGUUUGUUAAGAAUUCUUCUUAAUAUACAGUAGAUGGUGCUAUGGAUGCUUCCCAGAUUGCUAAACAGCAAGCUGCUGGAAUCUUUUUUUCAUGGCAUGGUAUGAGUAUAAGUUCGAAUGAUCUAGACCAGCGGUGGGCAGUCUUAUCCGGAAAGGGCCGGUGUGAGUGCAGGUUUUCAUUCCAACCAAGCAGGAGGCACACCUGAUUCCACCUGUUUAAUCAGUUGAUCUCGGCUUUCAAUAGACUCAGGUGUGGCUUUUGCUUGGUUGGAAUGAAAACCUGCGCCCACACCGGCCCUUUCCGGAUAAGAUUGCCCACCCCUGAUCUAGACUGUCAAGAGUUUUGCUUUUAUAGACACAGCCAAAUUUUCUUGAUCAUCAGCUAAUCAACCGUGUGUGAUGAUUAGCAGUUCCUCCUCCUCCUCCUUCUUCUUCUUCUUCUUCUUCUUCUUCUUCUCGAUUACCAAAAUUUAUGCAGACACACAGAGGGUAUUUAUUUUUGCCCAUGCUCUGUACAGGAGUUCAGAGUUUUUUGGUGAGUUUUGUGGCCAAAAUGCUCGUGUUUUUUUUUUUUUUUUUUUUUUUUUUUUUUUUUUUUUUUUAUAAAUGUAUUUAUUUAUAUAUCAUCCUUUUUUUGGGUGGGGGCAGAAAACUAAAAUUGCAGUUGCACGAAACUGUUUUGCACGGUCUUUCGCAGUGAUGAUUGUUGAUAAUUGAGAACUCUUUAGCUGUACCCAUGUCCAACGCACGUGAAUCGAAGAGGGAUUUGGCUGGACGCGCGUUGUGAUCUGCGGUAAUUUUGAAAAAAUUCAAGCUCCUCGGUAUAUUGCAGAGUUUGUUUAAUUUUUGCGUUCAUUUCUGCGAUGGCAAAAAUCACAAAAUCCUGGAGGGACUGAUUGUACUGUUGCAUGUUGGCUGACGUGUAUAAAAUUUUCUAUGUGGAUUGUCCAGAAAACACAGUAGCCCUAGGACAUAUUCCAGGGUAUGUCGCAAAUAAGGCUGGGUGAAUAUGUAAUGAUAAUGUAGUAUUACUGUACCGCAUUGUAGACAAAAUACGGUUGUCCUAAUGUGUGAAUACAGAGAACGCUACAGGUCCUUGGUUGUACUGGUUUUAAAUUUUUUCGUUCACUGGCGUGAUGUAUCUCUGAGUCAUAAAUGCCAUUUCUGAACCAUAAAUGUUGGCACCUCUGUUACAAUUAGUAUUGUUUUUCAGAUGUACACGUUCAGUAUUAUAAAUACAGAAAUCUUUACGAAGGAAAAGAAAAUCCACGCCUUGAUGUACAAACAUUAAUCUGGCGGGAAUCGUGCCCCCCACACUGACCCAAGCCUUGGUACUGGAGCCGUGUACAUUUGCAUUGCAUGUUCCUCUGAAUACUAGAAGGAGACGGGUUGGAGACUCGUUAUGAAGUAGUGCCUAGUGAUCCAUACCUUGGGAACCGAAUAAGUAAACCACAGCUUUUGUGUUUUUGUUUUUUUUGGUUUGUUUGUUUGGUUUUUUUUGGCGGGGGGUUCCCCCUGCAUUAAGAAUUUAAUCCAAAGCAUUGUGACAAACAUCAUCGUGACUCUAGACUUUCCAAACGAUGAAGGGUUGGAUCGCUCCAUUUAGCCAAAUUUGGAUUGCACUGUGGAGAAAAAGAAUUGCGUCUACUAUCUUUCAGAUCUGUUUCUCGUCCUACUUUCUGCCUGGACAUACAAGACAAUCUAUUAUGCAUGAAGUUUUGUGAACGAAUGUCUCAAUCAUAAUAUUUCGUUACUAAGUUUUAUUUAUGAAUGUGUAGAUGUUUGUUGUUAAGGAAGGUGUGGAAACAGUACACGAAGACACGGUGGUGUUUUCGCUCUUUUGAUUUUCUCGACAUCGUUCCCUAUGCUGUUUAAAAAAAAAAAAAAAAAAAAAAAAAAAACUGGAAGUAGUCGUUCGCUAAUCUCUUCUCGAGCAGACAUUGUGUGUUUUUUAUUACUAAUAAUUAUGAUUAUGUAUUCUAUGCACAAACGGUACUUGUUACUUUAUUUUUCUUACAAUGUUUUAGUUUUGGUUUGUGGCCAAAAUCAAUUUUACCAUAUCAGGCCUUGUGUUUUUGGUUUGUGUAGUGAUGUCUGUAAGUGUGAUGAAGGAAUAAACUGCAAGCAGGA